AUGAAAGCCAAAACAAUCAUGGAGUCUAAAUAUGUAAAUAAAUGUGCAGAAGUUGGUGUUGCACAGACAUUAAAACAGAGAACAUUACAGGAAGAAAGUCAUAGGAAAGAGAUAGAUUCUUUGGAGAAACAUGUUGAUGUAGAAACCAGAGUAAAUGCUGAGAUAAUGCAGUUCCUUGGGAAACAACAAAAGAAUUUAGUGGCAAAACUUGACUUUUGGAUGGAGAAGCAUGAGAAAAAAGAUGUGGAAGCAAAGCAAUUGGAAUUGGAUCAAUUGAAAGCAUCAAAAAACAGUGACUGGGAAAGACUUCUUGACUUGACACGAAAGUAUAAAGAAUUUGAAGAAGUUGUUGUUGAAGAUCGCAUUCAGAAAGAAAUUCAAAGACGGAAAGCUGAAGAGGAAGAAAUGCAUUUGAGGGCAUCUGUAAAGCUUUCUUACCUUCAACUUUUCCUCUUCAUUCCUUUCUGCUUCUCCCUCUCUCUUCCCACUCAUAGUCAUGAUACGAAUUCUUCAUAA